CUGUAUAAAAAAAAGUGAAUGGGCUCGUUCCGUGCGGACCUGGUACCUCUUUUGUGAAGCGGCAGCUUGAGGAGACUCCGGCGCUCGCCAUGGCGGACGAAAAGCCCAAGGAAGGAGUCAAGACUGAGAACAACGAUCAUAUUAAUUUGAAGGUGGCGGGGCAGGAUGGUUCUGUGGUGCAGUUUAAGAUUAAGAGGCAUACACCACUUAGUAAACUAAUGAAAGCCUAUUGUGAACGACAGGGUUUGUCAAUGAGGCAGAUCAGAUUCCGAUUUGACGGGCAGCCAAUCAAUGAAACAGACACACCUGCACAGUUGGAGAUGGAAGAUGAAGAUACAAUUAAUGUAUUCCAGCAGCAGACAGGAGGUGUCUACUAAAAAGGGAACCUGCUGCUUUACUCCAGAAUUCUGUUGCUCCAGACCAAGAAGACAUUCUCAAUUAGAAAACCGCAAUUUGGUUCCACCACAUCCUGACUACUACAGUAUAGUUUCUCUAUUCUUUCAUUUUCCCCUUCCCCAUUCCUUUAUUGUACAUAAAGUAACUGGUGUAUGUGCACAA